UUUUGAACAAUAAGUGAAUAACAAUGGCAGACUAUAGUCACUAUAUCGAUGGACAUGAUUAUAUGCUGUAUUUACCUAAUGAACGACUAAAGACGUUCAAAAAUUGGCCACUUGGUGAAAACUGUAAUUGCACUCCGCAAAAGUUGGCUGAAGCAGGAUUUCAUCACUGUCCUACAGAAGGUGAACCAGAUGCAGUGCGAUGUUUCUUCUGCAUGAAGGAGUUAGAUGGAUGGGAACCAGAUGAUGAUCCCUGGGCUGAACAUGAGAGUCAUUCACCAAAAUGUCCUUUCCUACUGAUUGGCAAGAAAUCUAUUGCAUCUUGGACAGUUGCAGAAUUAUCAGAUCUUCAUCAAAAGAGCAUGGAAAACAAAAUUAAUAAAAUUAUGGACAUACUGAUUGCCACCUACAGAGAGAAGAUGAAAACUAAAAGGUUAGAGAUCCAGCGGCAUUUCAAGAAAAAGUAGUGUCAGUAAUUAUCCUUACGUUCACAUUCUGCCUGAUGGAUACCCCAUGGGUAUCCCCAUCAUUUCUGACAUUUUCAUUACUAUUCAAAAUUUUGUUGUAAAAGAACAUAUUAGAGAGAGAGAGAGAGAGAGAGAGAGGAAGUUGAUCAGCUUGUGUAUGAGAGUAAAAUCAAACUUAAGUACAUGUACAUUGUUUUUAAAUGAAUAAAAGAUAUUUACCUGUUA